ACCCGCCCCCAGUACUUACUUGAAUCGGGAUUUGCUUGCGGCUUCACAUUCGUCCCACACACCUGAGAGAACCAUUCACCUGUGGACAGGAAUAACGAAAAUCUGCCAAAAUGUGCUGUAAGGGUUUUCUCAAAGUUAUGAUGUUUGUCUUCAAUGGCGUCAUCUUUCUGGCAGGUGCGGCCAUACUGGCGGUGGGCAUCUGGGUGACGGUGGACAGAGUCUCUCUUCUGGGGUUUUUAGAUCACAUUGAAGAUGCGCCACCUGAACUGGCACAGCUGGCAAACAUCGGCUACUUGUUGAUCGGAGUGGGCGCGUUCCUGACGCUCAUGGGCUUCCUGGGAUGCUGUGGAGCCGUGAAGGAAAGCAAAUGCAUGCUGCUCUCGUUCUUCGUCAUCGUGCUCAUCAUCUUCCUCAUAGAAGUGGCAGCGGCGGUAGUGCUCAUCGUCUUUGAGCCUUUGGUUCAGAAAUUUCUGGAUGACAUUGGACAGAAAGUUGCUAAAAGCAUUGAGGAUAAUUAUGGAGAUGGUGACAGUUUCACUUCAGUCUGGAAUACCACUAUGAAGGAGCUGAAAUGCUGUGGAUAUAACAACUACACUGACUUCACGGACUCUCGGUUCGUAAAUACAACCUCAUUAUAUCCCGACACGUGUUGCAACAGCAGUUCAGGACGCUGUAGUGAAACUGCAGCACUACAAGCGGGUAUCAAAGGCUGCUUCCAGGCAUUACUGAAGCUAAUUGAGGAUAAUGCAGUUCUGCUGGCUGGUGUGGCUCUGGGAAUUGCUGCUUUAGAGAUUGCAGCGAUGGUCGUUUCCAUGAUCCUCUAUAAGAAUGUAGGAAAAUGAGUCGAGGACUGACUAAAGACAUUUCCGUUUACAUCACUGUUUACUGUAACAUUUUAUCAUGUUAUGUAAAUACUAUAUCUGCUGCAGUAUGAAUGACAUUUUGCACUAAAAUCUUUGAUAUUUUAAGUUCUCUUUUAAAUUAAUUUUUACCUCAAGUAAAAGUAUAUUUUUUGCAGUGCUCAACUACUAUGACCCUGACUCCAAAGGUUUAAUAUAUAAAGCUGAUGUCGUGUUGAAUACUACAGCUCAUUAAAGAUCAAUGCAACAUUUUCAACAUUAUAUGAUUCAAUUAAUCUGCAUCCUGUAAUAUUUUCAUGUAUCAUGGAUCACUAAAAUAAACUGAUGUUUUUAAA